CGACGGCGGUCACGUGAGCGCGGCUGCCGUGAGGGUCGGGCGCCGGCGGCGAUGUUCCGGGGGCUGGGGGUCGGCGGGGGGCUGGCGUGGCUCGGCGGCUCCGUCUGGCGGGAGGAGGGCGCGCCGCUGCAGCCGGAGGAGGAGCCGUCCGAGGAUGUGGCGCCGACGGGCCCGGAGCCUGAGACUCGGCCCGUCCUGGAGCAGGCCGGAGGCCUGGGCAGUUAUCUGCGUAAUGUGGCUACAUCUGCUACAAAGAAAGUAUCGGACUCAAUGCGAGAAACUGCCCAGACAAUCAAGAAAACUGUUGGGGAGCAUAAAAUAGGCAAUCUCCUUGAUAUGACAAUCAUUGGAAAUUUCAAUAAGGAACAAGAAAAAUUUAUGAAGGAACAAAAAUCAAAGAAAUCAGAAUCAGCACUUCCACCAUGGGCUGGAUAUAAUGAGGAGGAGACUGUAAAGCAGCAAGUACUCUCUUUGUCUGCUGAUCGUCGGAACUUUCUGCGGGACCCUCCUGCUGGUGUACGAUUUAAUUUUGAUUUCAACACUGUAGCACCUGUUGCCAUUGUGAUGCUUCGGGAGGAUGAGCUGCUGAGUAAAAUGCGUUUUGAGCUUGUCCCUAAACUUGUAAAGGAAGAACAGUUCUGGAGAAACUAUUUCUACCGAAUAUCUCUCAUUAAACAAUCAGCACAACUCUCAUCUUUAGCUGCCGGCCAGCCUGAAGGCUCCAGAGAGGAACUGGAUCUUUUAGAAAGCAGUGUCCCAGCUACAGAUUCAGUACUUUCAAAGACAUCCCCAAUGCCAAUGAAAAAAACAAAAGAAUCUAUUCACGCUUUAGAGGAGGUUUCAAUAAGCCCAAUUGCUAAUGAGUUUGUCAGUGAUGCGUAUGACACAUCGUUCCUAAACCAGGAAGACGUCUUGAGAGGUAUGGAACAACUGGGCAUGAGCGGUGGUCAGCCAGCACCUGUUGACGAUGAUGACAUUCCAGAGUGGGAAAAGGAGCUGCAGAGAGAACUCCAGGAAUUUGAAAUUGCUGAUGACAAAGCAAAAGUCAGUGAUGCCUGGGAGAAAGAAAUUGAGGCAAUGCUUCAAGGAGAGGAUUAAAGGGCUUGCAGUGAGAAACGUGUUCCCACAACGUAUGCUCCACUUACCCAAGGAAGCCGUGUUUAAUGAACCCAUUUCCUCAAACUAUUUCCAAAGAGAUAACUCAUGCUGUCAGUGACUUUUUUUGUUCAUGGUAAGAUUUAAGCUUUAAACCUAUCUCAACACCACUAGCUUCAUUAUUAAUGGUCUCAGUGCAACAUUUGUGUUUUUUGAAGAUUUUCUGUAUGAUAUUAAUGGAAAAAGGGGUUAGAAAGGAUUUAUGUGUUUUAGUUUAUUUGUAGCUUUCAAUUGCAGCCAAAAGACUGAUGUCAUUUAUUUCUUUGCAGUAUUUAACCUCUCUCUCCACGAAGCUGUGCAACAUCUGUUCCUCUGCACAGCCAACACUCAGGGUUGCCGAAAGGGGUAAUGAAAGCCUGCUACAUUUGUAGGGUGUUGUCGCAUCAAAGUAAGGCACAGAAUUCCCCAGUUCCUUGCAGGCCAAGCCACAAACUCCCACAGGACUAAAAUAAUGAUUACAGAGCUAGUCAGUAUUCAGGAGUCACAAGGGCCUUUCUGUAGGUGUGUUAAUACCUUCAGGGGUAGAUACUGGGAUGCUGGUUUGUUCACUAAUGUGUCAGAAAGAAAGCAAAACAAAGGAAAAAUUGCCUAAAGACAGUAAAUGAGUGAUGUAAAUAUUAUUCAGAUAGUCUUGAACCGUGUAAUGAAUACACACAGAAGAGCCUUCAGAAAAAGCCUUUUAAAAGAGCCGACUUCCCCCUUAGAAGUUCGAUCAUUGGCUGAGCAAAGUUUGUGUUAUAUUUACAGAUAAGGUUUAAAAAACAUGUUCAGAAACUAUACUCGGCUUCCCAGUAACAUAGACUGGAAGAUCCCAUAUUAGUCUGCAAUCUGUGCCAUUUGCCUUGUAUUAAAAAAAAAUCCUAAAAUGCCGGGAGAUCAAGUUACUUAAUAUGUACUGAGUUAUGUACCAGGGGCUGUUACAGAAUUGUGAAAGUGUAAUAUUCUUUAUUGAGUUUAAAGGUCUUGAACCUCCAAAUGUAGACUAUGAUACAGGAGUGAACUAAAUAUAUUUGAAUUUUAAUUUCUUUGUUAUUUUGUUAAUGCCUUAUAUAAAUUGUAUUAUACUUAUGGUUACAUUUGAAGCUUUAUUUUAUAAAUUCCAUUGUAUAAAUGCUUUCAUCCAAAUAUUCUCAAUGAAGAUUACUAUUAACAGCAAGCAAAAAUGGAAAGGUAAUCUCGGGGUACCUGUGAAUGAAUGAGUUUAUCUGUACUGGCAAGGUUUCGAUAUCAGAUUGACUCUGAGUCGGUGAGUGGGCUACAUGAUGACAAGAGGAAAAAGCAUUUUCUUAAAAAAAGAUGAAUAACCUAAAUGCCUACUACAUCCUGAAAACUUUUAGCACUUUCUGGUUUACCUGGCGUAUCUGUGAACUGUUGUUACAGGAGGGAGAUAUGCCUGUAUAUUUAUUUUAACUAACAAACAUCUGCUGUAAGGGUUGGUUAUUAUACAAUGCAAAUAAUGGACUGGAGAGAAGCGCCAUAUUAAUUCUUGCAACAUUCAAUAAAAGAUUUAUUUGAGAGAUGAACUUAAGAAAUUGUACUUUGGAAAUUAUAAAAAUACAACAAGUUGAACUCAGUUGAUAUGUGAUGUACUCUUCUCCAUAUAUUGAAACA